CUUGAAACCCAGAAUGAAUCCAAAAUUCUUGCCAAUGAAACUUAGAUCAGUAACCAAGAACUGACCUAAAGACAAUGGCGAUUUGUCCGAAAACAGACGAAUCCUUCCGAUAUAUUCUUAUUCUUCUCUCAAUCUUGUUUCUGGGUUCAACUUGUCUCUGCGAUGCGAUUGCCCAAACCACUUUUUCUUCUUCUUCUUCUUCGGCCACCACGAAGCACACCAAUAACUGGGCUGUCUUGGUCUGCACUUCUCGAUUCUGGUUUAACUACAGACAUAUGGCAAACACUCUGUCAUUAUACAGGACAGUUAAGAGGCUUGGCAUACCUGAUGAGAGAAUAAUACUCAUGUUGGCUGAUGAUAUGGCUUGCAAUGCAAGAAACCAGUACCCUGCUCAGGUCUUUAAUAACGAAAACCACAAACUUAACUUGUAUGGAGAUAAUGUUGAGGUAGACUAUAGAGGUUAUGAAGUGACUGUUGAAAACUUUUUGCGAGUACUGACAGGGCGCCAUGAAACUUCUGUUCCAAGGUCGAAACGGCUUCUUAGUGAUGAAGGUAGUCAUAUACUCCUAUACAUGACUGGGCAUGGAGGUGACGAAUUCCUAAAAUUUCAGGAUUCAGAGGAACUUCAAAGUCAUGAUUUAGCUGAUGCAGUGAGACAAAUGAAAGAGAAACUCAGGUUCAAGGAGCUGCUGAUAAUGGUAGAUACCUGUCAAGCUGCUACUCUAUUUAAUCAGCUUGUCUCGCCUGGGGUUUUGUCUAUUGGAAGUAGCAUGAAAGGAGAGAACUCUUACUCGCAUCACUUAGACUCUGAUGUUGGAGUCUCGGUUGUGGAUCGGUUCACAUACUAUACUCUGGCUUUCUUUGAAAGAUUAAACAUAUAUGACAAUGCUUCAUUAAACAGUCUGUUUACCUCGUAUAAUCCACAAUCUCUAAUGUCAACUGCAUAUUACCGAACAGAUCUAUAUCAACAAAGACUAGGGGAGGUGCCCGUAACAAACUUCUUCGGUUCUGUCAUGGAAACAAUUCACACAGAGUCAUCAUACGGUGCCUUCUCAGGCAAAGAAUCGAAAGCUUUUGAAGCCAAAAGUUCACAAGAUCUAUCUGUUAACAACUAUGAAGAAAUGACAUCUAUUGGUUCACAUGAGAAACCGGACAUCUCAGACUUAUGGGACAAUUUUUACGACAAGAUUGCAGAAAUUGGGAUUGUCGAUAAUAAUAUGUUGGUCUAUUAUGGGUUGAUUACAAUGCUGCCACUCCUAGCAGUUUCAACUUGGUUGUCCCCAAUUUGAGUCUUUGAAAUGUAAAGAUGGUUUGAUGCUGCAGUUAAUCAUCUAUUGGUCUUUUGAUGUCAACUGUUUAUUUUUGUUAUUUAAAAAAAAAAGGUGAAUCUAGCCAAGUAUGGAUUGAAUCGAUCAUGUUCUUAUCUCAUCUGUUUAGAGAUAUUGGACAAAUCUGUAACCCUUUUUCUUUUUUGAUCUAUUUUUACCUUUGUAGAUAAAAAGAUGGUUUUAGGUGUAAGGAUUGGUGCUUACUUUACCACUUAAGUGAAAAAUAAAAAUGUUUUCUUUAAUUUACUGUGAAACUAAUAUUUCAAUAGCACCAUUUGUAUAUUUAUUUUUUU